UGACGGCGUACACACGUCAUAUACCUUAAGUUCAAGAUAGCAAUUAGCGCUACUCUACAAAGAUUUAGCAACGACAUCUCAUAUAGGCGCGCAUACCGAACAGAUAUCUUCUAAUACAAAACUAUCUACAACUGUUUAGAUGCGCAUUAAACACUAAUCGGAAUGUCAUAACAGAUGCUAAUUUGAAAUUAAAAUUCGCAAAAGCCUACAAUAAAAUUAAAUGUCUAGCCGAAACAUCAACAUUAAAACAACAGAAGAAGCAUCAAAUCUACAAUAAACCAACAGUAGAAGCAGCAAAUCUACCAGAAAACAACAUGUAUAAACAAAUGUCUAUUAACAUAUAAAUGUGAUUUAAUUAAUUGGCACUCAAUCGCAUAGACGAGAUGAGAAAUUUGAGAAACAUUCCGCGAAGAAGCGGAAGCGCGAAAUCAUAAAUUAGUUUGCGCAUGCGCCGACUGUCCCGCGCUGUGUUUUUUGUUGUUUACGAAGUGAUUAGCCAUUAAAUGUUCGCCAUUCAACAGCGAUGAUUGACAUUGAACUUGAAUUUUUACGAAUUAACUUCACUCGGACAAUUUGUGUAACUAAGUAAGGUAUUUCGCUAAUUCCAAAAGUGGCAGUCGGCUAGAUAGCAGCAAAGUGAGAAGUAGUUAAACGGUGUCACGAUAUAUUGAAGUGUAAAUUGAAGAGCGUAUAUUUAAGAUUUGAGAUUUGUAAUCGAAGAUAGAUAACCUGAGUUGAUGUUGGUGAUAAAUCUAUGCUUGUGUUAAAAAUAAUAUUAUUGGAAAUAAUAAAUAAUUCAAAAUUAAUUCUGUGUGCAAUAAUUCAAUAACUCAUACGCCCCGAUGAACAUGCCACUCAAUCACUUCCCGAUAAUGCACUCGACCCGUAGAAAGUGCCAACUAUCGCACUUAGCAACACUCCUGCUAACGCUCACAUUUGCUCUACGCGUUGGUGGCUUCAACUCGGCCAUUACAAACGAUCUCGUUUGUCGGAUCAUCACUUCGAAUCAGUACGCCUGCGAGCGUCAUUUGGUACGCACUGCAGAUAACUAUGAGCUGACACUACACCGCAUCCCGCCAAAAAAUAGUACGCAAAGUCUGCAAAAUCCUCCCUUCAUUCUGAUGCAUGGUCUGCUGGGUUCAGCAUCGGAUUUUUUGCUCUCUGGACGCAAACGCUCGCUCGCCUGCAUACUGCAUGAGCAGGGCUACGAUGUGUGGCUGCCAAAUGCGCGUGGCACCACCUACUCCAAGCGGCACUUGUAUAUGGAUUCAUCGAACUCGAGCUUUUGGAACUUUACUUGGCACGAGAUUGGCUAUUACGAUUUGCCGGCUGUUGUUGAUUAUGUACGCGAGGCAACGGCCCAGCAGCAGGUGCACUUUGUGGCGCAUUCGCAAGGAUCAACUGUGUUCUUAGUGUUGCUCUCGGAGAGGCCAGAGUAUAAUGAGAAAUUUGCAUCAGUGUCACUGCUGGCGCCGGUGGCAUUUUUGGCAAACCUACGCAGUCCGCCGUUUAGAAUAAUGACAGCGAAAAUCGAGGAAAUUGAGGCGCUUCUAAAUCAUUUGGGAUUACACGAACUUUUUCCAUCGACCGCCCUAAAUCAACUGGGUGGACAUCUGCUCUGUAGUCAAGAUGCGCCCACACAGAAUCUCUGCCUGCUAUUCACGUUUCUCACUGUUGGUUUCAGCGACUACGAAAUGGAUCGCAGUCUCUUUCCACGUAUUCUCGAGACGACCCCGGCGGGUAUAUCAAGGAAUCAAUUGAAGCACUUUGGUCAGCUUAUAAGAACAGGGAAAUUUCAGAAAUUUGACUACUAUUCCAAGGAUGCAAAUUUUCGGCAGUACAAACAACCCACCCCUCCGCAAUAUAAUUUACGCAAUGUCCGUGUUCCGCUACAAUUGUUUUUCGGCACCCGUGAUUUACUGCUGACCAAAGAGGAUGCCAUACGUCUCACGAAAGAACUGAAGAAUACCAAAUAUACUCUACACGAAUUGCGUGGUUUCAAUCAUAUAGACCUUUUAUACUCUUCGAUGGCGCCACGACUAGUCUACAAGCACAUUGUUAACAAUGUGAAAAAUGUGACCUUGAAAAGUGGAUCCAAAGUAUAAUUAUAAAUACUAUUAGUAGAUAAAAAAUAUGUUAGUUGUACAUUAAAGUUAUAUAGUUGUUAAGAAUACAUGCAAAGUAAACCUAAGUCAUAUU